CAGUCACAGAAACCAGAAAUGGAGCCGCAGGCAGUUCAGCUGGACCGAGAAUCUUUUUCAUGUCCGAUCUGUUUGGAUCUACUGAAGGAUCCGGCGACGAUUCCCUGUGGACACAGCUACUGUAUGAACUGUAUUAACACCCACUGGGAUGAACAGCAUAAGAAAGGUAUUUACAGCUGCCCUCAGUGCAGGAAAACCUUCAUAUCAAGGCCUGUCCUAGAGAAAAACACCAUGUUAGCAACGUUAGUGGAGCAACUGAAGAAGACUGGACUCCAAGCUGCUCCUACUGACCAUCGCUAUGCUGGACCUGAAGAUGUGGCCUGUGAUUCCUGUACUGGAAGAAAACUGAAAGCCAUCAAGUCCUGUUUAGUUUGUCUGGCCUCUUACUGUGAGAAACACCUUCAGCCUCAUCAUUAUUCAUCAACUUUCAGGUACCACAAGCUGGUGGAGCCGACCAAGAACCUGCAGGAGAACAUCUGCUCUAAGCAUGAUGAGGUGAUAAACAUGUUCUGCCGCACUGAUAAGAAGUGUAUCUGUUAUCUCUGCUCUGUGGAUGAACAUAAAGGCCACGACACAGUAUCAGCUGCAGCAGAAAGGACUGAGAGGCAGAGAGAGCUGGAGGAGAGACGAGGAAACAUCCAGCAGAGAAUCCAGGACAGAGAGAAAGAUGUGAAGCUGCUUCAGCAGGAGGUGGAGGCCAUCAAUCACUCUGCUGAUAAAACAGUGGAGGACAGUGAGGAGAUCUUCACCCAGCUGAUCCGUCUCCUCCAGAAAAGAAGCUCUGAUGUGAAGCAGCAGAUCAGAUCCCAGCAGGAAACUGAAGUGAGUCGAGUCAAAGAUGUUGAGGAGAAGCUGCAGCAGGAGAUCACUGAGCUGAAGAGGAAAGACGCUGAGCUGGAGCAGCUCUCACACACAGAGGAUCACAACCAGUUUCUCCUCAACUACCCCUCACUGCCAGCACUCAGUGAGUCCACACACUCAUCCAGCAUCAACAUCCGUCCUCUGAGACACUUUGAGGACGUGGCAGCAGCUGUGUCAGAGCUCAGAGACAAACUGCAGGACGUCCUGAAAAUCAGGAAGGUGGAUGUUCUACUGUCAGAACCAAUGAACAAAUCUGACUUUUUAAGAUAUGCAUGUAAAAUCACAUUGGAUCCAAACUCGGCUCACACACAUCUGGUUUUAUCAGAAGAGAACAGGAAGGUGACAUUGAUGAAUCAACCUCAGUCUUAUCCAAGUCAUCCAGACAGAUUCACUGGUUGUUGUCAGGUCCUGAGUAAAGAGAGUCUUACUGGACGUUGUUACUGGGAGGUGGAGUGGAGAGGAAGAGGAGGAUUUGUUGCUGUUUCAUACAAUAAUAUCAGCAGAGCAGGAGGUGGGAAUGAAUGUGGAUUUGGUCGGAAUCACAAGUCUUGGGCUUUGGAUUGUUACCAGAAAAAAUAUGCAUUUUUUCACAAGAACAUCAAAACUCCUGUCUCAGGUCCAGUUUCCUCCAGAGUGGGAGUGUACCUGGAUCACACAGCAGGUAUUCUGUCCUUCUACAGCGUCUCUGGAUCCAUGACUCUGAUCCACAGAGUCCAGACCAGAUUCACUGAGCCGCUUCAUGCUGGAGUUUGGAUUUAUUACUCCAAAGAUGCUGUAGAGUUCUGUAAACUUAGGUAGACUGGGUUUGAAUUUCUCUGAGUUGAAUUUUACUGUCAUGUGUUUUGUGCAUUUGGUAGUGCUUGAACUGAAAAAAUAAAAUAAAACGUAGAGAGGCCCUGGCAUUUAUUCUUAAAUCUUUUGGAAACGUUAUUUUAUCCAGGAAAUUCAAAUGUUGCAAAUGUUUUCAUUGCUGCUCUGGAGUUUCCAAACUUUUCAGCCUUGUGACUUAAAAUAACAUUGCAAGAGA